AGAGAGAGAAACUAGAGAGAGAAAGAAAAAAAAAUUAGGUUUUAUAUGCAUUUUCCGGCGCCGACGAAGAAGAUACCGGGAAAGUUUGAGGUAUUUUGAACUUUUAACGCUGUUUGGUUUCGACGUUUUGGCUCUGGGAUAUCGGUUUUGGUGGUCCUGUAGUUUUUCUGAAAAUUUGUAUUUAUAUGAGUUGUGGUUCUGAUUGAUGGACGAGAUUUGGGAAAGAGCGGUGGAGACGGCGUUAGAUGGCGAGAGAAACUUUGGUUCUGUGAGAACCCUAACGUUGGACGGAGCGGUGAAGUGUAUUCAUGGUAAGUUGGCUCCUCCGUCAAUUUUCGAAAGGUUUCAGAAUCUAGAGCACCUUUCGAUUGCAAACACCGGUGUUACAUCGCUUGAACAGUUUCCUAGGCUUCAGAAUCUACAGAAGUUGAAUUUAUCGGACAAUAGAAUUGCUGGAGGGCUUGAGUUCCUUGUAGAGGCUGGUUUAAAUUCUCUUAGGGACCUUGAUUUGUCUAAUAACCGGAUUCAGGAUAUCGAUGAUCUUCGGCCUUUCGCUGAACUCAGGCUUGUCUCCCUUGAUCUCUAUGAAUGUCCCGUGACGAGGGUUAAGGAUUAUCGAUCUAGGGUUUUUGGUUUGAUUAGGUCGUUGAAGUAUUUGGAUAAGAUGGAUGCAGAGGGUAAUGAGAGGCCUGAAUCGGAUGAUGAGGAGGAAGAUGAAGAGGAGGAUGAAGAGGAUGAUCCAGGGAGCGGGGAAGUUGAUGGAGAGGAUCGUCCGUUCAGAAUGACGAAUGGACAUAGGGUUGAGAGUGAAGGAGUCGUAGAUGUGGAUGAAGAAGAGAGUGAUGCUGAUGAGGAGGAGACAGAGAUAACUAGAGUGACUAAUGGGUCAAAAGGGGAUGGUUCCAGUCACUCAAAUGGUUUUAGAGUAGAGGCAGCUUCUGAUGGAGAGGAGGAUGAUGACGAUGAGGAUGAUGAAGAUGAGGACUUUGUGGAGGAGAUAGAUGAAGAGGGAGAUGAAGAUGAUGUUGUGGAGGUUCAUGAGAUAGAAGACAGUGAUGAGGAUGAAGAUGGUGUGGAGGACGAUGAUGACGACGACGAUGAUGAGGAUGAAGAGGAAGUUGAUAACGAUGAUGGGUUUUUUGCUGAACCCGAAAGUACUGGGAGGUUGAAUAGUGCAGAAGGAGAGAUUGAUGGGCAUGAACAUGGGGAAGAUGAUGCAGAUGAGGAUGAUGAUGGGGAGACAGGGGAGGAAGAGCUAGGUGUUGAGGAGGAUGGAGAUUUUGAAGAUGAUGAGGAUGCUGAAGAUGAGGAAGAAGAUAAUGGGAAUGGCUACCUUGUUCAACCAGUUGGUCAGGUUGUAGUAGAUGAUACUGAAGGCAGUGAUGUGGAGGCAGUAAUUGGGGAUGAAGAUGCGGAUUUGGAGGAAGAUGUUGAUGAUGAAGAGGAUGAUGAUGGUGAAGUUCAGGAGCAGCCACCAUCCUCCUCUCAGAAGAGGAAGAGAGAUGAUGAGGAUGAUGAUGGUGGGGACGACAAAGACGACGAAGAAGAAGAUUAUUCAAAGUCAUCCAAGCACCGUUAGCAAGAAUAUCUGAAAGUGAUGAUGGGUGGUAGU